UUCUUUUUUCUUCUCUAUUAUUCAUUCAUAUUCUUUCUCUCUCUCUAGAAAGAAAGAAAGAAAGAAAGAAAGAAAGAUGAGCUUGAAAGAAGCCAUAACUAAGCGGUUAUGCCAUUAAUGGGGUUUUCAAUAGGAUUUGGAGACGAAGAGGAAUUGGAAAGUAAGCUCUUAGAGAGCUCUUUCAUGGCUACUACUAAUAAAGUCAUCAAUCAUUCCACUCAGCUACAACAUCAAAAUCAUCAUCAUCAUCAAAUACAGGACCAUCAUCAUCAUCAUCACCAUCAUCAUCAGCAACAGCAGCAGCAACAGCAGAUUCCUUAUGGAAUGAUGCAAUCAUCAUCAUCAUCUUCAAUCCCAGCUGGAAGCUUCGUAAGCAAAGAUGCUGGAGCUUAUGAUUUGGGAGAAUUAGAUCAAGCCCUUUUUCUCUAUCUUGAAGGACAAGACCCAUCUAUUGUUCAAGACCAAAGACAGGGUGGGGGAAUGAGACCUCCAACUUUGAACAUUUUCCCCUCACAGCCUAUGCACGCAGUAGAGCCAUCAUCAACGAAGGGAAAUACUCCUGGAUUAGUUUCUCCAGCAACUAGUGGUUCAAAAAGACCAUCAGAGCAGUCCAUGGAGUUGGCCAAUGCAAGAAAUGAUUCUGCUGCUGCUGCCGCCGCUGCUUCUGGGCCUGAACCAGCUAAAUCUGUCAAGCGAGAAGGGAACCGUAAAGGACCAACAACUUCAAGUUCUGAACAAGAAGGACCCAAGACACCAGACCCUAAGACAUUGAGGAGACUUGCUCAGAAUAGAGAAGCAGCAAGGAAAAGCAGGCUAAGAAAAAAGGCUUACGUUCAGCAACUAGAGUCAAGUAGAAUUAGGCUAACCCAAUUGGAGCAAGAGCUGCAAAGAGCUAGAGCUCAAGGCCUAUUCUUUGGUGGAGGAGGUCUUAUGGGUGGAGAUCAAGGUCUUCCAAUAGGUAUCAACAAUAUUAGCUCAGAUGCUGCAGUAUUCGACAUCGAGUAUGCAAGGUGGCUAGAGGAGCAUCAUCGUCUAACAUGUGAGCUACGAGCAGCAGUGCAGGAGCAUCUGCCCGAAAAUGAGCUUAGGCUUUUUGUAGACAAUUGUUUAGCUCAUUAUGAUGAGGUUAUAAGCCUAAAAGGCAUGGUUGCUAAAUCCGACGUCUUCCAUCUCGUUUCUGGCAUGUGGAAGACGCCGGCAGAGCGUUGCUUCAUGUGGAUGGGUGGUUUCCGGCCAUCUGAGCUCAUCAAGAUUAUAUUGAACCAAAUAGAGCCCCUAACAGAGCAACAAAUACUGGGUAUAUGUGGGUUGCAACAAUCAACACAAGAAGCAGAAGAAGCUCUUUCACAAGGGCUUGAAGCUCUGAAUCAAUCUUUGUCAGAUACAAUAGCUUCUGAUUCAUUGAGUUGCCCUCCAAAUAUGGCUAACUAUAUGGGUCAGAUGGCUGUGGCCAUGAACAAGCUUUCUACACUUGAAGGUUUUGUUAGACAGGCAGAUAAUUUGAGGCAUCAAACCCUUCAUCGGCUGCAUCAAAUAUUGACAACCCGGCAAGCUGCACGGUGUUUUCUGGCGAUUGCAGAGUAUUUCCAUCGUCUCCGAGCACUGAGCUCACUCUGGAUGGCUCGUCCCCGGCAAGAAUAAUAGAAACCCUAGCUAGCUAGAAACAUAAUUAGCCACUUUUUAUAUAUUUUUAUAAUUAUAGUGUCACUUUCUCUCGAUUAUAAAAAAUAUAUGGCUUUUCUCCCUUUUUCUAAUAUUCCUUUUGCUUAAUUACUCUCUACAAAAGAUAAUGUAUAGAUAGACAAAAGGUAGAUUAAAUUUAAAGCAGUAGAACUUUCUCUCGA